AUGGAGAGCGCCGGCGGCAGCGGCUCCGUGAGGGGCGACAUCAGUUUCUGGGCUGACAGGACACCGGUGCACGAGGCUGCCCGGAGAGGGGAGAUCCUGCAGCUGCGGCAGCUGAUCGAGAGCGGCGCCUGCGUCAACGCCGUCACCUACGACUCCAUCACCCCCCUGCACGAGGCCAGCCUCAGGGGACAGACCCAGUGUGUCAAACUGCUGCUGGAUGCGGGGGCCCAGGUGGAUGCCAGGAACAUCGACGGCAGCACACCGCUGUGCGACGCCUGCGCCUCGGGCAGCGUGGAGUGCGUCAAGGUGCUGCUGUCCCACGGAGCCAAGGUCAACCCUCCCCUGUACACGGCCUCCCCCCUGCACGAAGCCUGCAUGAACGGCAGCUCGGAGUGCGUGCAGAUCCUGAUCGAUGUGGGUGCCAACCUGGAGGCUCACGACUGUCACUUCGGGACCCCCCUGCACGUGGCCUGUGCCAGGGAACACCUGGAUUGUGCCAAGCUGCUCCUCCAGGCAGGAGCCAACGUGAACGCGGCCAAGCUGCACGAGACAGCGCUGCACCACGCGGCCAAGGUGCGCAACGUGGCCCUGGUGGAGCUGCUGGUGGAGUUUGGGGGGAACAUCUACGCCCGGGACAACCGCGGCAAGAAACCCUCGGAUUACACCUGGAGCAGCAGCGCCACGGCCAAGUGCUUCGAGUACUACGAGAAGACCCCUCUGAGCCUGGCCCAGCUGUGCCGGGUCACCGUGCGGAGAGCGGCCGGGCAGAGAGGGCUGGACAAGAUCUCCAGGCUGGAAAUCCCUCCCAGGCUCAUCCAGUACCUCUCCUACAACUGAGGGAAAGGGAAAACCCUUGGAAUUCCCUGGGAAAAGUCCCUGGGAUCCCACAGGAUGGAGGAUUUCUCCUGCUCUUCUACCUCCCCCACAAACGUCCUUUGUAAUUUAAUUUAAUUUUAUUUAAUUUAAGGCGCUGCUGUAAAUAGGAUUUGUCAGGAAUUCUACUUUUCCAGGCAGUUUUUUUGGGAAUUUCCUGUGGGGAUUCAGGCUCUUCCAGGUGGGAUUCGCCUUCCUGGAUUUUCCUGGAUUUCCUCUGUGGGAUCCAGCCAGGGGGAAGGGAAAUGGGAUAAUUGUGCAGUGGGAGUUAUUCCAGCUGGGAAUUCCAUGCUCUGGAGCAGCUCUGAUCCUGCUUUUAUCCCAUUUUUCCUUGCAGAGACCCCUCUGAUCCCAUUUUUACCCAUUUGUAUCCUGUUUUCAUCCCGUUUUUAUCCUGCUUUUAUCCCAUUUUUAUCCCAUUUUCAUCCCACUUCUGUCCCAUUUUGAACCCAUUUUUCCUCCCAGAGAUCAUCCAGGCCCUUUUGGAUGACCCAGCCUGGAAUUAUCCAGCCUGGAAUUCAAGCUUUUGGAUGAUCCAGGACACCUUUCCCUGCCAUUAAAAAUUCCCUGUUAAUGAGUUAAUUCCCUAAACAAACUAUUCCCUCAAUUAAUUCCCAAAUUUAAUGAGCUGAAGGCUAAUUAGAGGCACUGCAGCUCCUUCAUUUAGGAAUUUUUUUUUAGGGUUUUCCAGGAGACCCCAGAGGCUUUGGAUCAACCCCCAGGAAUGAGGAGAGGCCAGGCUGGGAUUGGCUUUGUCCCAUCCCCAUUCCCAGCCCUUUCCCACAUCCCAGAAUAUUCCCUGAUCCCAGAUUUUAUUGCUUCCUCCCUGGGAUACAACAGGAAUUGGGAUCUGCCUGGAGAUUUGGGAAUUUUGGGAUUGAGUUCUCUUCCCUUUGGAGCUCUUUUCCCAAUGCUGGAGGUUGGGAUUUUUGGGAUUCCAGCCUCGAAUCCCAGCUGGAAUUCCAGGCUGGAAUUCCUUGGGCACCACUGGAGCUUUGAGCUGGAAUUCUCCUCCCCCUUCCAGAUUUUCCCUGGAAUAAAAAACAAUUUCUGUGAAAUUUUCCAGCAAUCCUGGGAAAUCCCGGAGCUUCCUGAUGAGAACAAAUCCCUCCAAAAGUCCUUGGAAUCCAGACUGGGAAUGCUGAGCUGGAGCUGAAUGCACUUUAUGGGGUUUUAUUUUUUAUUUUUAAUUUGAUUUGUUCCUCCCCCUUUUUAUCCUGGAAAUCUCAAACCCUGCUGUUCUCAUCCAAAUGUUUCAGUUGGGAUUCCCAGAAAUGUGGAAUUGUGGAAGCUCAGGGAAAAAUCCCAGAGGGUUUUUGUUUUUGUUGGGUUUUUUUGUUUGUUUGUUUGUUUUUUGUGGGAUUCAUCCCUGGGAAUGGCAGGAAAAAGGUUUUGUGGGAUAAUUUGAGAUCCCAAAUCCCUUCUGAGGGAUCCCAAAUCCCUUUUUAGGAUCCCAAAUUCCUUUUUAGGGAUCCCAAAUCCCUUUUGAGUGUUCCCAAAUCCCUUUUUAGGAUCCCAAAUCUCCUUUUGAGUGUUCCCAAGUCCCUUUUUAGGUGUUUUUUCCAACCCUGCCUAUUCUGGUAGAAUAACGGAAUUACAAAAUCCAAGUUUCCCUUGGAAAAGCAAAAAAGAUUCCUUGGACAACCAAUAAUAAAUUCCCCAAAUCCUUGGAUUUUAAUCUUUAUUUCCCCUGAUUUUUAAGCUGUUCUGGGAGAUCCCAAAGUUUGGGACUUUUAAUUUAAGAUCCAUUUUAGGAAUUCCUGCUGAUGGGAUUGAGGAGAGCUUUUAGGGGCACUAUCCUGGAAUUCCAGCUUGGAAAACUGGGAAUAACAUUUUAUCCACAUUGAAGUUGUGGCCUCUCCUGAUCCAUGAAUUAUUGGGAAUAAUUCCAUGUAUUCCAUGAAUUCCACUGAUUCCAUCCCAGAGGCCCUGGAGGAGCUGCUCCGUGUCCCAUUAAAUCCCAGUUCAUUUGAUCCCAGCUGGAAUUUUUAGGGAUCUUCCCUGGGUUUUUAGGAGCAUCUGGAUUCCCUCUGGCUCAAGGUUUGGGAUAAAAACCUCAGAGAAUCCAAGGCCCCCAGAUCCCUCUUGGAUCUGGGCCUGAGAUUUGUAGAAUUCCCUGUGGAUUUGUAGAAUUUUGGGAUUUCUGGGAAUGCCAGAAGUGGCCAAAUCCCUGGAAUAAUGGGAAUAAACUCCUGGAUUGAUUUUGGGGUUGCUUUGGGACAAUUCCUUCCCCCUUGAUUCCCAAAUCCCACCAGGCCAUUCCUGCUUUUAUCCCUCCCCUUCCCAGGCUUCCCAAAUUCCAAACCCAGCUGAAAAUUUUGGGAGAACUCCUCUGUCCUGUGGAUUUCCUGUGGAUCCUGCUGCACAAUUCCAGGUGGGAACAGGGGUUUGCCUUCAUCCAUAGAAAUCUUUGGGAUUGGAAUUUUGCUUGGAGAAGGGCAGCUGGAUCCUGGCAGCUUUUCCCAAAAUUUGAGGUUUAUCCCGGGAAAACAGUGGGAUUGAAGGGAUUCCUUUGGGAGAAAACCUUGGGAAGAUGGAAAACUCUGGAUUUUUUUUUUUUUCCUUGAUUCCCUGGAUGAGGCAAAUCCCUGCAGGCUUUGUGCUGCAGCUUCCCAAAUCCCUGGAAAAAGGCUGGGAAAAGGACAAAUCCCCCCCAAAAAAAACCCAGGAUUGGGAUUCCUGGCUUUUACCUUCAGAGGGGAAAAAUAAUUCCCAGGAGUUUUCCUGAGUUUUCCAUCCCUUGGAUCCUCCGGAAUGAACCCAGGAGUGGCUGCACCAUAUCCAGGAAUUCUGGAAUUCUGUCUCACCUCUGGAUUUGGGAAUGAAUCCACCCAAACAGCGAAAAUCCAGAAUAUUUUCCUGGAGUUUUUCCACAUCCCCUUUCCUCCUUUUUUUUUUUUUUUUUUUUUUUUUUUUUUUUUUUUUUUUUUUUUUUCAGGAAAAUGGGAGAUCCUGUGGAUCUUUAUGAGGAGGUGGUGGCAAUCCCGAAUUUUUUUGGGUGGAUUUGGAGAGUCUGGAGAAAAUCCCUGGAGCACCAGGUCAUGGUUUUAACUCCAAAAUUGCCAAUUCCCAACUCCAACUCACAGCAGAGCCCAGGGGGGAUCAAAUCCCAGUGGUUUAUUGGGAUAUAUGGAAAACGGGAAGAAUCCUUUGGCUUUUCCCACCCCUCCUGCACGACACCAGGGAUGAAAUCCUUGGAUCCUAAAAUCCCAAACUCCCCUCCCUCACUUUUCCCUCAUCCAAGAGAUGGAUCCUGAGCUUUUGGUGGUGCCGUAAAACUGCGAGAUCCCGGAUUUCCCCUGGAUUCAGGAACUCGGGAGGUGUUGGAAAGGGGAAGAGCUCCUUAAUGGUGGGAAUUUGGGCACCUGGAAUGUUCUUCCUGAUUAAACUCGGGAAGGUUUGAGGUAGUUCCUGAUUAAAAUUCAAUCUGGAAAAGUCUCAUCCGUGUGGGAUUGUGUUUGCUGUGGGAUCUGCCCAGGAAUUCUCUUCCUUCAGCCUCAUCCUGAAUUCCAGUGCUGGGAGAGCUGGGAAUUCCAGCCUGGAGAGAAGAAAAUUCCAGUGAGAGCUUCCAGAACAUUCCAAGGCCUGAAGGGGCUCCAGGAGAGCUGCAGAGGGACUGGGGACAAGGCAUGGAGGGACAGGACACAGGGAAUGGCUUCCCACUGCCAGAGGGCAGGGAUGGAUGG